AUGGACUUCCUAAAUAAACGCUUUAGAAUAGGUAAAUGCUGUAUUAAAGACUGCAAAAGUUUUGAAUUGGAUCCGGAUUUAAUAAGUCAUUUUUCUUUUCCAAAGGACCCUUCAAGAUGUGCAGUUUGGAUGGACAAUGUUCAAUUAUGUCAUUUAAAUAAUGUUGAUGUAGUAACUUUGAACAAAAAGUAUCGGCUAUGUUCAUUACAUUUUGAAGGCAGGAUGUUUAGUAAUGAACAGAACAACCGUCUUAAGCCAGAUGCAAUACCAACAUUAUUUGAAGUUGUGGCAGAGGAACAUAUUGAUAAAAAUUAUGUUUUUAAUGACAAUGACAACGAAAAUAAUUGCUCACCGUCCUGUUUAACACCUGGUAUGCACCUUGUUUCAGAUGCAUCUUCUGUUUGUUCAAUUCUAUCAGAUUCAUCAUCAAUUACAAUAGAAACAUGUUCAUCCGAAUGUCAAACUCCAUCAUCAUUAACUCAUCGUACUCCACGGAAGAACGCACUUAGGAAGAAACUAAAUGAGGAAAUAAAGAAGAGAAGAGAACUACAAUCAGUGAUUGAUUCUCAUCGGCAGAUGGUUGACACAUAUUCUAUUGAAACGGCCCUUAAAGUGUGUGAGAAACAUUGCUCUCCCACAGUGUUUAUGCUGGUCAAGUCUCAAUUUGAAAAUCAACAGCGGAAACAAUGCGGACAAAGGUAUUCUAAUGACAUAAAGCAACUUGCUUUAAAUAUUUAUUUUGUAAGUCCUAAGCUUUAUAGAAUGAUGCAAAAAUCUUUGUCCCUUCCGGUUAGUCGGACUUUGAGAAGAAUCACUGGUAAAUAUGAAAUCAAUCCUGGUUUUAAUGAUUUUCUAUUUAAUUUCCUUUCGCUUAAAAUCAGUAAUUUUAAAUCAGAUUGGCUUGAUUGUGUUUUGUGUGCUGACGAAAUGGCUUUAAAAACUAAUCUGUUUUACAGGGUUAACAAAGAUAAAAUAGUUGGUUUCCAUGAAUCUUCUAACCGUAGAAAAUAUGAACCUGCUAAGUAUGCUCUGGUCCUUAUGAUCAGAAGUCUAAAUUAUGACUGGAAACAACCAGUUGCUUAUUUUCUUGUGUCUAGUAGCUGUACAGGAAUUGAUUUAAAGGACAUAAUUUUGUCAACAAUUUGUCGCCUGCAAAACAUUAAUCUGAAUAUUAAAGCAUUUAUUACGGACCAAGGCACAAAUUUUGUGCAGUUUUCAAAAAGCCUUUAUGUUUCCCCUAGUAAGCCUUAUUUUGAUGUAGAAGGAAAAUCAAUUGUUUACAUUUUUGAUCCUCCUCAUUUGAUUAAGUCAACCCGUAACAUGUUAUUUAAACAUAAUUUUAAAAUUAAUGAUAAUGUUGUUAAUAAAGCCCAUCUUAUUUCUUUUUACAAUCAUGACUCCAAAUGUAAUCUUCGAUUAGCACCAAAAUUGACGUAUGCUCAUAUAUACCCAGGGCCUUUUGAAAAAAUGAGGGUUUAUUUGGCUACACAAGUAUUUAGUGGAACUGUUGCUUCUGGUAUGUCGAUUGCUUUAGUAGCUGGUAUUUUACCGCCUUGUGCCCAAUUUACGAUAGACUUCAUAAGUGAUAUGGACAAGUUAUUUGAUAUAUUCAAUUCUUCCAAGAUUCCUAAAAGAAAAGAAUACAAUCGGCCGUUUAAGGGUACAGAAGCCCAAAUCAAUCAUUUAAAUAAAAUGGAAGGGGUUUUUAAAAACUUACUAGUAAUUCAUAAAUAUAAUGGUACAGAUGAAACUAAGCGGAUGAACUUUAUUAAUGGAUGGUUAAUCUCGAUAGCGGCUUUAAAAAUGAUAUGGAAAUCAUUAAAAGCAUCAAAAAACAAAGAUCAUCUAUUCUGUGGUAUUAUAGUCAUUAGUAUUCUUGUCUAUGAUUAUAGUGUUACGCGUUUUCGGUUGAAUUAUUUUAUUAAUUUUUCACCUAUUUGA